UGGUCGGGGUUGUGUUGCCUUUCAUUUCUGUAGUACGGUUGUAAGGGCUUUGGAAUAGAACAAACGAGUGUCAAGUACUGUACUUCUGCUCCGUAGCUUUGAGGUACAAAUUAGUACGUCUUCGACAGGAAAUGUGAUGGGUUACACCGGGCGUUGAUCAGCUGAUCGUGAACACAAAAACAAACUUGGCGUCUAGUAGUAAACACGUAUGUUCUACGGUGUGACGCUUUCUGAAUAACUCAGCUGAAUACAUGAUCGCCGCAGAAUGGUGCCUCCCCCCGUCCCCCCGAAAACGUCGUAUGCCGAUACCUUUUGGUGCACGUACAUCGUGUCAGUUGUUGCUGCCAGUAUAGCAGAAGUUGUUACAUACCCCUUGGACUUAACUAAAACCAGGCUGCAAAUACAAGGGGAAAAGGCAGCAGCGGCAGCAGCAGCAGGAAACGGAAACUUAAAUGGCCCUUACAGGGGAAUGCUGCAAACUGGUGUUGGAAUUGUUCGAGAAGAGGGCUUUUUGAAACUGUGGCAAGGAGUAACACCAGCUAUCUACAGACAUGUAGUGUACUCUGGCAUCCGUAUUGUCACAUAUGAGAAAAUGCGUGAUCAACUUUUUCACAAAGAUCUGGACGGUUCUUUUCCUGUAUGGAAAUCAGCCAUUAGUGGUGUUACAUCUGGAGCAUUGGCACAAUUUGUUGCUAGCCCUACAGACCUUGUAAAGGUACAGAUCCAGAUGGAAGGGAAGAGAAGACUACUCGGUAAACCACCAAGAGUUCAUGGCACACUGCACGCAUUUCAGAAGAUACUGGCAAAAGGUGGCAUCAGAGGUCUAUGGAAAGGCUCAAUACCAAAUGUUCAGAGAGCAGCUCUUGUAAAUCUUGGUGAUCUCACAACAUAUGAUUCUGCAAAGCAGUUUAUACUUACUCACACGUCACUACCAGAUAGCCAUCUAACUCACAUGCUUUCCAGUGGAUGUGCUGGACUUGUGGCUGCUACUAUGGGCACACCAGCCGAUGUUGUAAAGACACGUAUCAUGAAUCAACCUACAGAUGCAAGUGGAAAAGGGAUAGUCUACAAGUCUUCACUUGACUGCUUGGUGAAAACAGUUCAAAAUGAAGGAUUUUUGGCACUCUACAAAGGUUUUCUUCCAGUGUGGAUUCGCAUGGCUCCAUGGUCCUUAACUUUCUGGUUGUCUUUUGAGCAAAUACGACAUACCAUAGGUGGUUCAGCUUUCUGAAUAAGAAAGCAGUGUAUUAUUGCCACUCUGUACAACUUUCAUUAUUUUGUGUGAACUGUACAAUAGUAAUUUUGUUCAUAACUUUGUUCAUAGUUACAUUAUGUUUUAGUAUGUUCUGCACAAAAGUUCAUACAGGCUGUGAAGAUCACAAAAUAUUUCUGUAAAGUAGUAUCAGCUACCCCAGCUGCAGACACUAAUCUUCAUAGAGUUUCAUCAGUUGUAUCAGAAAAUUACAAAAGUUGUAGGUAUCAUUUAUCAAAUACAAAUUUUCAUAAUUAUUCAUUAGCAGCAAAAUAAUGCAAGGAGGUAUUUAUUAUUUGAAAAAAUGUAAAUAAGAGUACAGUAAACAGUUUGCCUGUUUAAUACACAAGACUCCUGUGAAUUAAUCUCUUAAGAUAAACUGAACUGGAUGUUACAACCACACUUCACCUGUUGCACCUGAUUUAUGCUCUACUGUGUAGAAAAUACUACUACAAAGAUAAAUCUGGUGUAGAAUUCCAAGCAAAAUUAUUGUUAUCAGGGUCCAAUGUCUGAGAAUAUUGAGUGAUCAAAUAAUCUGUAGUAUUAUUUUCUCCAGGAAUAUAAAUAAAUGAACAGAGACUUUUCUGGACAUUCCUGGUGUGUACUAUUAGGUAUGAUCCGAUUUGUAUCAAAUCACAUGUUAGUGCCAACAUUCUGUUACAGUUGUUAUUUUUAACUUUUUAUUGCAAGUAUAAAUACAAGUGUUGGUUUCCUCAAAAGUAUUAGAAAAACACGUGGUCAUCAUAUAAUGCGAACUAUGGUACAGCCAUAGACAGUGUAUAGGGAUUUCUGCUCCCAGAGGGUAACAUACUUCCCUGUUUUUUUCUCAUCACUGAGUGUUGUGUCUGCAUGUUUCACGUCACUGUGUAAUCUCAGGCAGGAUAAAAAAUCCUUUAAAAUUCAUUAAUUGCUACAAAAUGAAGAAAAGAAAAAAAGGGAGAUUGAAAUGCAA